UCCAAAAAUGUCACAACAUCAAUAACAAACCCGAAUUCCGGGUACGGGAAGGUUGAUUUUGUUCAUCGCAAUUGUAAUUACAUUGUUUCGAAAAAGAAACAAUCAUCGUCGAUUCAAGGAAUUAUCACAUGUCAAAGGAUUUUCUUCGAUUCAUUCAAGGAAGAAGAGGACAAAGUAGUCGUUUCCGAUAGGUAAGAGUCUAGUUCAGCAUGAUGCUUGAAUAGGCUGCUAAGCUUGUGAUCUUCCGCAAAGUUCUCAGAUCUACGAUCUGAUUGAGUAGCACUUUUUGUGGCCUUGUUUGUAUAUUAUUAUAGCAUUCUAACUUUUUUGGUGUCUUGUGUGAGCUGGCGUCUAAUAUAUGUCAAUUUACUUUUGCCAUUUGCAAAUUUUUCUUGAGUAAAGAAUGUAAAUAAUGAAGGACAAGAAGACGAAGUGUCAAUGUUGUUUGGAUUGUUCUGUUUGCCAAAUAUCUUUGAAGGAAAUUUGUAAUUAAAUAGAAGCGAUUUGGUGAAACAUAUCACGAGACCGAUACCUUUUUUGCACUGUUUUCUGGCGUUUGUCUGCGAAUCGUUUUGCCUGCUUAGAAAGGCGUAUUUCCGGUCUUCGCUUCGUUACUUUCUCUCUCGGGAGCGGGGGAGGGGGUAGGGUUGGAUACUCCCUUAUAUAAGCCAUAUAGGUACGUGACGCCCCAAAGGGUAGGGUUUUUGCGCCGUUUUGGUCUAAAAACGGGUAUAGAUUUUGCCCCAUUUGGUAUGCAAUCGGGUAUGGUUUUCGAGGGAACUACCGCAGUGUUCCAGGAGCCCAUCAAAGGGUUGACUCCAAGGGCUUGUAUGGGAGAUGGAGGCUCCAUUUGAUGGGCUCCUGAGUGUUCCAAAUGGGUAAGUAAGAAAGAGAAAUAUGCUAAUUCGAAAUGGAUUUUAAUGAUGACAUAAUUUCUUAAAGGCCAGGUCUGUGAAUGGGCAUGGAUUAUAGAGACCAGGCCUGAAAACUGGUGUGAAAAUGACAUCUUUUGGUCUGAAAUAGGGUCAGGAGCGGCACAUCGAUCCCCACCAAGAAUUCCUAGGGGUACCUCCCAGGGUCUUAGCACUGUCUAACAUCCACAUACCGUAUUUAUUCGAAUAAGCGCCCAACCUCGCCCACCUUACCCCACCUCCCUCCCACUCCCACUUAAACUCAAAUAAGCGACCACCCCCACCCCACCCCCCCAAAAUUGAAUAAAUAGUAAUAAGAGACUUGCCCGAAGACGGAGUUUUCUUCAAAGUAUUUUACAGGAACCUUGCUUUGUUACAUCUUCGCGUUUUGUCAUUACCAUUUCUUGUUUUGUUGCAAAAUAAACAUACUACACUUGCUGAAAAUGCUGAAAAUUUAAUAAGCGCCCAGCCUCGAAUAAGCGCCCACUCUUAAGGUCCAAAAAUUUAAUAAGCGCCCAGGGCGGUUAAUCGAAUAAAUACUGUAAAUAGACUGGUCAUAAAUAGCGUGAUACUGGAAAAGGUCAUAUCCCCACAGUGGGUAAAUCCUUAGUCUUAAAAAAUUUUUUGUUUGUUAGUUUCUUAGGAAAAAGAAGAAGGUCAAAAUGAUGGAACCCCCGCCCCAAGGAGAAGUUGAAGACACCCUGAAAAGGAUUAACUCGCACCCAGGCGUCCUGGGUCUUCUGGUGAUCAACCCACAAGGCAUUGCGAUCAGGUCUACAAUGGAUAAUGCAACAACCCAACUCUAUGCGACCAAUUUUCAGCAUUUGGCGAGUUUAGGGCGUAGCUGUGUCCGAGAUCUCGACCCUUUGAACGACUUGAAGUUUCUUCGAGUACGAUCUCGGAAGAAUGAGAUAAUGGUUGCUCCGUCGAAAGACUACACUUUGAUUGUUAUUCAAAAUCCAAACCACAGGGAUGUCUGA